UUCCGGCACUUCCUCUAUACUUAUACCUCCCCUCCCUCUUCCACAAUUCGCCCUUCAACCCCUCCCUCUCCAGUGCGCCAUCGACACUCACUUAGCAAUUCGCCGUUCUCUGCAAUUGAUAUCCUCAAGAUGGCGACUACGAGUACUUCGCCCCGGGAGCGUCGGCCCUCAACAAGUGCCCCACUCGCUGACCUGAAGGGUCCCGUCGGGCCGGCGAACUUCACUCGCCCCAAGCACAAGAGAACUGUGACCGGCUUUGGCCCCGGCGAGAUCAAGGCAGUAGAGAACAGCAUUCCAGAGCCGCAGCGUGAGGCUUGGAGGAAGUUCAUGCCCAAGCCCUUUUCCACAUCAGAUGAAUUCAACAAAGAAACCGUUCGCCACAUCGAGACCACACUCGCACGCUCGCUGUUUAAUUGCGAUGAGUCGGCUGCGUAUGCUGGCACCGCCCUGGCGUUCAGAGAUCGUCUGAUUUUGGACUGGAAUAAGACGCAGCAGACCCAGACUUUUGCUGAUCCCAAGCGUGUAUACUACCUUUCUCUUGAGUUUUUGAUGGGACGUGCUUUGGACAAUGCUAUGCUUAACGUUGAACAGAAGGAUGUUGCUACAAAGGGUCUUGCCGACCUUGGAUUCCGCAUGGAAGAUGUUGUUUCCCAGGAACACGACGCUGCUCUCGGUAACGGUGGUCUCGGACGCCUCGCCGCCUGCUUCCUCGACUCGAUGGCCUCCCUGAACUACCCGGCCUGGGGCUAUGGUCUGCGUUACAGAUAUGGUAUCUUCAAGCAGGAGAUUGUCGAUGGAUACCAGGUCGAAGUUCCAGACUACUGGCUCGACUUCAACCCCUGGGAGUUCCAAAGGCACGACAUCACUGUCGACAUCCAAUUUUACGGCCACGUAAACCGCUGGCAGGACGAUGAGGGCAAGCAACAGUGCUCCUGGGAAGGCGGCGAGAUUGUCCAGGCUGUGGCUUAUGAUGUCCCAGUUCCCGGUUACAAGACCGGUACCUGCAACAACCUCCGUCUCUGGGGCAGCAAGGCUGCGAGCGGCGAGUUCGAUUUCCAGAAGUUCAACUCCGGCGAGUACGAGAGCUCUGUGGCGGAUCAGCAGCGUGCUGAGACCAUUUCCGCUGUUCUGUACCCCAACGACAACCUUGAGCGCGGUAAGGAGCUUCGUCUCAAGCAGCAGUACUUCUGGUGCGCUGCUUCGCUUUACGACAUCAUUCGCCGUUUCAAGAAGAGCAAGCGCGCCUGGAGCGAGUUCCCUAACCAGGUUGCCAUUCAGCUGAACGACACCCACCCGACCCUGGCUAUCCCCGAGCUUCAAAGAAUCCUUGUUGACAUCGAGGGCCUGGACUGGGAUGAGGCGUGGAGCAUUGUGCAGAAGACUUUCGGCUACACCAACCACACAGUUCUCCCUGAGGCGCUCGAGAAGUGGUCUGUUCCUCUGAUGCAGCACCUCCUGCCCCGUCAUCUCCAAAUCAUUUUCGAUAUCAACCUCAACUUUUUGCAGUCUGUUGAGCGCAACUUCCCCAAGGACCGCGAGCUGCUCGGACGUAUCUCAAUCAUUGAGGAGUCUCAACCCAAGAUGGUCCGUAUGGCAUUCCUUGCCUUGAUCGGUUCCCACAAGGUGAACGGUGUGGCCGAGCUGCAUUCCGACCUGAUCAAGACGACCAUCUUCAAGGAUUUUGUCACAAUCUUCGGACCUGACAAAUUCACAAACGUCACAAACGGCAUCACUCCUCGCAGAUGGCUGCAUCAAGCUAACCCAAGGCUCUCCGAGCUUAUCGCGUCAAAGCUUGGUGGACACGAGUUCUUGAAGGACCUGACUCUACUUCACAAGCUCGAAGCUUAUGUUGAUGACAAGGAGUUCAGGAAAGAGUUCCGUGCAAUCAAGCUCGCCAAUAAAGUAAGAUUAGCUGAGCACAUCAAGGAGCACAACGGUGUCACAGUCAACCCUGCGGCUCUCUUCGAUGUUCAGGUCAAGCGCAUCCACGAGUACAAGCGCCAGCAGCUCAACAUCUUUGGUGUCAUCCACCGCUACCUCCAGAUCAAGGCCAUGUCGCCAGAAGAGAGGAAGAAGCUUGCUCCACGUGUUUCCAUCUUUGGUGGCAAGGCUGCUCCUGGAUACUGGAUGGCAAAGACUGUUAUCCACCUCAUCAACAAGGUCGGCGACGUUAUCAACAACGACAAAGAUGUCGGUGACCUGCUCAAGGUCAUCUUCUUGGAAGACUACAACGUCAGUAAGGCCGAGAUUAUCACCCCCGCCAGCGACAUCAGCGAGCACAUCUCCACUGCCGGUACUGAGGCCAGUGGUACGAGUAACAUGAAGUUCUGCCUCAACGGCGGUCUCAUCAUCGGUACUUGCGAUGGCGCUAACAUUGAAAUUACCCGCGAGAUUGGCGAGGAGAAUAUUUUCCUCUUCGGCAAUCUGUCCGAGGACGUCGAGGAUCUCCGCCACGCCCACUUGUACAAGUCGUACGAGCUCGAGCCUCAGUUGGCCAAUGUGUUCGACCAUAUCCACAAGGGCACAUUCGGCGAUGCGGACCGAUUCUCUGCUCUGCUGAACGGCAUCGUCGACCAUGGCGAUUACUACCUGGUCUCUGACGACUUCGACUCGUACAUCAAGACACAGGAGUCGAUCGACGAGAGCUACAAGAACGUCGAGGAGUGGACAACGAAGACUAUCCUGACUGUAGCCCGUAUGGGAUUCUUCACGAGUGACAGGUGCAUCGAUGAGUACGCGGAGAGCAUCUGGAAUGUGGAGCCGCUCGUGCCCAAGGACGAGCCUGCGCCAUAGAUACAGUAGCGUUGUGAUAUCGGUCUCGUCUAAUAUCUAGAUGGUUGAAUAGAUCCGAGGAUAGUUUUAUGACUUCAGAUUCCCUAAUAAUACAGUGUUCUGUGCUCGUAUCACCUCCUGUCCACUCCCUGCCGGAUGUAUUGACUUCGUUUUGUGUCACUGCAUUGCUUAAUCAUUGUUUUCAAGUUGAACUACAAGGUGCUCUACUUGCUGGUAGUCGUUUCCAUGUAAUUGGAGUCGACUGAUGACGUUGUUAGGACUGUCGAGGGAUGCUGCUCUGCAGCCAAUGAGAGCUUGGACCCUGUGAAACGCGCGCAUC